AUGCAGCAGACAAGGAUUCCCUUUCCUGGCUAACUCUGGAGUGGAUCCUCAUCUGGGAUGACUGUGGUUCAUCUGGGGAUCCUGAAUGUUCAGGGCCAGUUUCCAGAUGGAAAGUUAAAGCAGCCUCAUUGGCCAUGAUGGUUCUAAAGCUGAUUUCACCCCAGGCAACAAGUGGAUAGAGGCUCAAGAUGAUGGUGAGCACAGUGCACCAGACAGCCCCCUCAGCCGAGAAGUAUCUGGCACAUAAUGCCAGGAGUGUUCCGGUUGGGACACUACUGUGCACAGCUAGGCAAUGAGAACAGGGUUGGGAGUGUGGCUCAGUGGUAGAGCUCUUGCCUAACAAGCAUGAGGCCCUGGAUUCAACCUUUCAUCUUCCAGUAUCAAAACUUUUAACAUUUAUGUGAUUAAACAGAUGAAUGCCUGGCAUGGUGGUUCACACCUGAAAUUCCAGCAUUUGGGAGGCAGGGGCAGAGGUGGGAAGAUCAGUACAAGGUCAGAGCCAUCUUGGUCUACACAGCAAGUUUCUGAUCAACCAAGGCUACAAAACAAGACCUUGUCUCCAAAACCAAAAGGAGCAGUAACAAAAAGUGGGUGAGUGGUGUGGAAACAUGGCCUCUGGGUUCUUAGCUCAGGACUUGCUCUCCACUCAUCUUUCCACACUUCUCAGAGCUAUCCUUCUUGCAGAAGACCAAGGUUGAAGUUGAGGGUUUGGUGUCAGAGGAGAUGGUGACAUUCAAGGAUGUGGCUGUGGUCUUAAGCGAGGAGGAGCUGGAGCUUCUGGACACUGCCCAGAAGAAGCUGUACUGUGAUGUGAUGCUGGAGAACUUCAGGAUUGUGGUGUCCCUGGGGCAUCAGAUCAUGACUCCAGAUGUUUCACUCCAGCUCAAGAGAGAAGAUGUGCUUUGGAUGUUGACGAUGGUCAGUCGGAACUGUGAGUCUGCACGAUCCAGGAAUCUGAAUGAGAAGGAGUCCCUUCAGGAGGCAGGAUGGAGGCUCCUGCCCCGGGAGGAGCUUUUCUGCUCACGCAUCUGGCAACAAGUUUCCAGGGAGUUAACCCAGGGUGGAGACUGCAGCGGGAAGGAUGGAGGAACCCGCUCUGCGUUGGGGAAACCGGAUGCUGUACAGAGCGAAGGAGCGGAGCUCAGGAAACUUUCCAGGAGGAAUUCAUUUCUUCAAGUUCGCCAUGGAGAAUGCCGCGAAGAAGAGGCAUGUGAGGAAGAUGCUGGUUGCAGCCGUCAUCUUCCUGCCGUUCCAGGAGAGAAGCCCUCCAAGUGUGGAAACUGAGACAACACCUUCCGUCGGGUCUCCAGUCUUC